AUGCUCACCUGCGUCUACUCCGCCCAUCCUCGUCAACUGGACGUGAUCGGAGAAUGUUGUGUCGUCAACUGGAGACAUGGGCGCAUGUUUCACACAAUCCUCUUUCCAUUUGAUGCGACAAAAGGCAGUUCAGAGCAUGUCCACUUCCAGUCGAGAGGCGGUCGUAAGAACCGACUUCUCUGCCGCCACCAGACGUCAAAGAAGAGGAAAAAGUGGACCCAGAUCAAGAGCUGUAUGCCUCCCGGGCCGCAUAGUGGUUCACACUUCCAGCGUGAGUUGGAGGUGGCAAAUUUGGAGAAAAAUACUCUUCUGACUGUAAAGCAUGCGGUUGUAGGAGCGCUACUUCUGACCUCGUUUCGCCGGUACGUCAGUUCGGCAGGUCACUGCCUCGAGAGUCGGCUCAAAGGAGACGGCCGGCAUGAAUGGCCUGGUCGCCGAUUGGCCGGUUUGUGUGAUCCGACCGCUGUGACGCACGACAACACACACAACACGACAAUAGACAAGAGGAUAGACAGGAAAAAACGACAGCCCAACAAACCACACGACGACACAGGCGCAACAAGACAGACGAAAGAGCCGGCAUGUGAAAAGUGGGCAAAGUCGGUGCAAAACAGUCGCCAUUCACUUGGUCACCGCGGCCAUCUCGACAACCCUCGGGACCCUUUUCGAGCCGCACCUCGACGGUUCGAGUCCCGCCGAGGCGCUUUCGCAUGCACACAACACUGCGUCGUGGGUGCCGCGCAUGUGACCGACCGAGAAAUGCGUACAAACUUGCAGAAAGCUCAACAUCGUCCAUCAAUCGAGGAUGAUACAGCAAGCCGCGUCUAUCUAUACACGCUUUCAUCCACUUACCACCUUUUUCGGAGUGGCCUCAUCUUCCGCCCAUUCUGUCGCUAA